AUGCCAGCUGUUGAAGAUCUGCACAGUGACCAAAACUUCAUUCCACAAUGGAUGUCUGAUAGUUCCCGUGCUGGAGUCUUAUUAGAUCCUAGUUUUACCGGUUUAAAAAUCAACAAAGGAAAUUUGUUGCCUGGACCUGAAAACAUCAUGGCUUUCCCUGUCAGAGCGUUGUGUCCUUCAGACAGCUGUUCUGUGAGUGACGACUCCUUGUGUGAAGAGUCUGGCAGCCCUUGUGCGCCUCGGCAGUGUGCCACGGAAACUUCUUUUCCAGCAGCAGCAUGUAACACAGAAACCUCUAAAGCAGGCUUUGUCCGUGGUGAGGUGGAGGGUCAGACUAAAUCCGAUCACAGUGAUCCACUCUUACAGAAACUUGAACAGCUGAAGGAAUUGCAACAACAGAAACAGGAACAGCUAAAGAAACAACAGAUGGAGCAACUUCAAAGGCUGAUGGAAGAGCAACAGAAGCUACUUAGCAUGGUGUCUGGCCAGACAGCAGUUCUUGGCUAUACUCCAGUGGCUGAAAGUCAAAAGUUAAGACCUGGGCAUUCUGCAGGCUUAACAACUUUACACCAAUUGCCAUCUUCUGAGUAUCAAAAUACUUUUGAAGACAGAACUUAUGCUUCGGUUGUUUCUCCCCAUACACAAGACAGCGACUUUUUGCAAAAGUUAAACAACAAGGAAUGCAGCUCAUCUUUGAAGAACAGCCUUUCAGGAGUGCCAGCCUGUGAGAAACAAGGAAAAACCAUGUGGUGUCCAGAGCGACAGAUGGAAAUGAUAAUGGAGAGUGAAGAUGAUCACGUUGAUCCUUUAUGUGUGGAAAGUGCAGAUCUUGCUGAAAAUUUUAGCAGAGGAAAACAUUCAUGGACUAAUUCAGAGGAAAGACCUAUUAAAGCUGCAAUUCAGGAGAAGAAACAGACAUUUGAAGAAUUCCUGGAAGAACAGAUACAACUAGAAGAGCAGCGCCUGGAGCAAAACCAGAAGUUACAGGAGACAAAUGGAUCAACCAUUCAAAAACCAGUGAUCAAACGACCCUUCCUGAAAAGAGGAGAAGGCUUAACAAGGUUCACUAACACCAAAUCUAAAAUGACAAAACUUGGAGAAAACACCCCGAAAGUUCAACAAAGGGCUUCAGAUAACAGAAAUGUUAUUAAAGCAGACAGAUCACAAAACCAGAAGAGAACUAUGCCUCCUGGCAAUGAACAGGCUUCUGAAAACACUUUUGGAUCAUGUGUGAAGUAUAACCACCCGGGCAAAGCGAAACAUGGUCCUGUUCAGAAGACUCUGGUCCUCAGGAACCACAAUGGAAGAAAUACCUUGCCAUCAGAAACAAGAAUGCAACCAGGAAAAAAUCAUGAUGGACAGAGGAAAGAUACUUUCUCAUCAGAAAUUAAAACCAAUAUAGAAAAUAAAGAGAACGCAGUAGAAUUUGCUAAAUCUAACACUGGCAAAAUCAGAAACAAAUUACCUGGCACAGAAAAGCCUCAGCCAUCUCGUGAGCUGGUCAGUGCCUUUUCUAAUUCCAAAUGUGCUGUAGAUCAUCCUGUAAGAGAUUCAGAACUUUCUUUUGAAGUUUCAUUUCAGAGUAAGCUGCAAAACUGGGAAAAAGAAAAGGAAAAAGAGAAUCUUGAAUUAGAUGAAUUUUUGUUUCUAGAACAAGCUGCAGAUGAAAUAUCUUUCUCAAGUAAUUCGUCAUUUGUGCAAAGGAUCUUAGAUCAAGAUCAGCAAACUUUGAAAGGCCGUAGAAUGUCUUCUACCCCUAUCAAGACAAAACAGCAACAAAUAAAGGUGCUGGCUGUUGAGCUUAUAAAUAAGAAAAACAAAAUGGAAGACUGUGUGACACAGGGAAGUGUACAUGAUGGAACAGUUAAGCAUGCAGCCUCAAAAUUAGGAACAGCUUUUAGAAUGAAGGAUCCACUGAAUAAAAUGGACAGUGAAAUACUUUCAGCUUCUUCCAUGAGAGCAGCUCCUGCUUUAAAAAGUAAUCAAUGGCUUGUAAAUGAAAGUAAGGGUGAGGGCAAUGGUGAUACUACCACAGAUUCUGAGAGUGAAUUUGAGACCACAUUAAAGUGUGAAAAUGAAGAUGCUAAGACAUCUUCUGGGAGCCACAGAGAAAGCGACGAUCCAGAGUUUUUUGAUUAUGGAGGACCUGUUACAGACUUCAGCAAAGAAAGCAAAAAUGGAGAUGCUGACCUUGGCUUUUCAGACACAGAUUGCAGUGCACUGUCAAAGCAAAAGAUUGGAAAAGCUUCAGACCAUCAGAGAAGCAUAUCUUGUAUAAGUAGGAGUAAGUUUGAGUUUGAUGAUGAAAGAACAUGGAGUGAUCUUGAUGACGGUGAUUUACCUGAAAAAUAUACUAAAAUACCUUUACAGACAGACUUUCCCAGUGAGAAUGAUACAGCUCUCCCAGAUAAAGCAAUAAAGAGAAAAGUUUCCUCAAAGAGGGGAGAUGAUAUGUUCAAGGAGCCUGCAGUGGACAGUGAUUCCAGUGGACCUCCUGUAUCCAACCUGAUGAUGAAACUGUUUCCCUCUCUGAAACCGAAGCAGCAGGCAGGCUGUCACCUGGAGCGUGAGGGCAAACCACCUGUGGAACAGGAGCCAGGAGGAAACACUGCUCCAUCCCAGGUACUGAGAGAGAGACUGGCUGAACUGGAAGCUGAAAUAGAGAGAUUCAGAGCUGAAAACACGACUCUGACUAAACUCCGUGAAGAAAGAGAGCGUGCCCUGGCGAGUGUCAGGAAAGAAAUUGCAGACUUUCAACAGCAGAAAGCCCAAGAACUGGCUGAAAUAGAAGAAUAUAAAAAAAAGGAAAUGAAAAAACUGCAGAAGGAACGUAAAGUUUUUGAAAAAUAUACCGCAGAAGCUAGAGCAAUUCCAGAUAAAAAAGAACGUGAUGAAAUUCAG